CCACUUGACGAAACUAUAUGUAAGCUGGUAUAUGCUGACUGCGAUAUAUAGUCUUGUAGUUCAGCAGUGCCGUUUCGUAUUAUCCUCUUAAAGAGAGGUUUUCUGGAAACAAGAAAAUGGUUAGCUCAGUUAUGCGGUCUUCUUUGCUACGUAGUCCUGCGGUCAGACAUUAUGCAGUUGCAGCAACCGCACCAAGUUCUUCUGCAGCAACUCCUGAAAUUAAAGUUUUAAGCAAUAAAGUUACUGUUGCUGCUUAUGAUAACAAUUCUCCAAUUGCACAGGUGUCCAUUGUUUUCAGAGCUGGAUCAAGAAAUGAAACUUAUGAUACACAAGGCACAGCACAUCAUUUGCGGAUAGCUGCAGGAUUAGGUACCUCUGUUUCAAGCGCUUUUGCCAUAACAAGGAAUAUUCAACAGCAUGGUGGAAAUUUAAUAACCAUUCUUGAUCGUGAAAGUAUAGCGUACACAUUGCAGAUCACUAGAGACAAUCUGGCAGAUACUCUUCAGUAUCUAGAAUGUGCUGCUACUAAGCAGAUCUUUAAACCAUGGGAAAUACAGGAUCAGUUGCCUCGAUUAAAAUAUGAACUUGGUUCCUUAUCUGAUGCAGCUUUGGUAAUUGAAUUAUUGCAUAAAGCAGCUUAUCGUAGUGGACUUGGAUAUUCUCUAUUUUCUCCAGAACAUCAAGUAGGCAAAAUUAAUUCGGAAGGUCUACUACAUUUUGUCAAUACUUGGUGUACUGCACCUAGAUGCGCAGUUGUUGGCACUGGUGUUUCAUUAGCAGAACUUAGUGCUUUGGGAUCAAAUUUAAGUGUUGGAUCAGCAGAUAAUGCAAAUGAACCAACCAAAUAUUAUGCCGGAGAAAUUCGUAAAGAAACUGCAUCAAGUUUAACCAGUGUAGCAAUAGCUGUAGAAGGUGUAUCAUUGAAAAAUGAGAAAGAAGCUUUAGCAUGUGCAAUACUGCAAAGAGCGUCCGGUAGCGGACCAAGAGUUAAGUGGGGAUGUAGUCCAAGUUCGUUACAGAAACAACUUUCGAGUAUUGCAGGAUCAGAGCCAUUUGGCUUAUCAACCUUUAAUGCUAGCUAUACUGAUUCAGGACUUUUUGGUGUUGUAUUAUGUUCAACAUCCAAUGUAGUAGGAUCUUUGACAAAAGAAGCUGCCAAAUGGUUGAAAUCUUUAAAAGUAUCUGAAAGUGAGGUUGCUCGUGGUAAAAAUAUAUUAAAAACUGAAGUUUUGGAUGCAGCUGAUAAUGCACUGUGUUUAUUGGAAAGUAUGCAACAACAAGCUCUGCUUAAAGGGCAAGUCUCCUCACCAGUAUCAAUAGCUAAUGCCAUUGAUAAAGUUUCCACAUCUGAUGUUAAAACUGUGGCUGACAAACUUGUCAAAGGAAAAUUAUGUAUAGCUGCCCUUGGUAAUUUGAAAACUGUACCAUAUCUUGAUGAAUUAAAAUAAACUUAGUAGCUUUUCGUUCGAAGACACGAAUGACACGAAAUUGAUACCAAUUCUUUCCAACAUUGUGAAGAUUGAGAUUAAGAUAUAUGAAAGUUACCAAUCCCAAUCGGCACAAGAUAUUUAAUAUCCAUGUGCAUUUUGUUUCAGUAACUGUGUAACUCUGUAGAUAUGAAUAAAAAUAAAAAUUCUUUA